AUGACUAGUCUGGAUACUAGUCUCGCCCAAUCAGGACAUCAGCACAUACCCGCAGCACCCAAACCUUCAGUGGCUGAACCUGAUCCGGAGCCGGAGGAAUCACAGGCAGGGUAUGAACCUGUGGAGGUGGAUCUAGACGUAGUGCCAAAGGAGGAACCCCCAGAGGAAGAGUUUGAAGAAGAGCCUGAAGAGGCACCGGAAGAAGAACCCGGAGACGAGCCAGAAGAAGACCCAGAGGUUGAAUCAGAGGAUGAGCUAGAGAAUGAGCCAGAGGAAGAGCCAGAAGAGGAGUCUGAUGAUGAGGAGCGGGUUGAGGUUCCGCUAGAGUCGGAUGAUGAGCACAACCCGAUUGAGAUCGAGGCAGACUCUGAAUCCUCAGAAGAACAGGCAGCUCAGGGGGAUUCAGACUCGGAAAAACUUUUGCGUCUGCAUCUGCAAAACUUCUGCGUCUGA